AAACCAAUUGUGUUCCAUCCUGUGGAGAACUUUGCUCGGUUUCUACUUGUUCCAAUACCAAGUUCGUGUGCUCCAAACAUUUAUUCAAAGGGAAGAAAGGCCACUGCUAGAAGAGAGGACAAAUCUUAUGCAAGUGUCGGUAAAUCUGAAAGUUCGAAAAAUGUAGUGCGACCGAAAGCAGAGGUCCAGCCAACAACUUCGGAGAGAAAUCGCUCAAGAUCAAUAGCUGCUCAGAGACCCGUGCAAAUAAGCCUGAGGAGGUUAGCCGCUGCGAUGCGCAAGGCAUUCUCGGGCUUGCCACUGACCUAUGUGCCCCUAGAGGAGCAAAAUGUAUACGCGAACUCCUACAGUGUUUUUGUACUGUACGAAAGACAAGUGGACGAAAGACUUUGUCCAAAUCGUGUAAUACACACAGACGACACACAACAGUGGCUAGCUCAUUGUGAAGGGACUGUUGAACACCGUCGAAUACAUUUCCUCAACAUUGCUCCACGUGACCAGGCUGGCAAAUGUGAAAAACGCGAGGCUACUGAUUUUCUUGAACAUUUGAACCAAACAUGGUUGACCGGUCAUGCUGGAAGCGUGCGAACUCUCUGGUUAGACAGUCUGCGAGGUUUCCUCAUCUCCGGCAGUUACGACACGACGAUCCGUUUGUGGGAUCUCUCUGAAAAUAUUGUGCACCUGCAACGGCCUAAGACAAACAAGCAGGAAGCAGACUCAAGUGCACAAAAGGCUGAGGACCCUAUGAGUUUUCACACUGGACAAUCAAGGUGUGUUUGCAAAUAUCGUGGACAUUCGGCUAAUGUUCUCUGCUUGUGGGUUGAUCAAAGUAGGGUUUGGCCAAGAGUGCAGCCACCCAAAAAACGCCAACAUCAACGAGCUGGUGAGACGGAUGCAGUUCUUGCGUUUUUUGACAAUUUGACCUUUCGAUUUGCGAGUGGUGGGGCAGAUAACACCUGCUAUGAUAUUUUGAGUAUUCUGCGGUUGGGACUAAACAUUCAUACUGAUCUUUUUGUGUUCCACUUAUUAGUUUGGCAAAUGGAUUCUCGGGUACCACUGUGGAUGAUGAAGCACUCGACGAGUGUCACUGCUGUUGUACUGUGUGGUUACUGGUGUGCAUCGGGCGAUCAAUCGGGAGAAAUUAAAUUAUGGGACCUGAGAGAUGAAAGCCCACUGCUUCACAAAGGGCAUACGGAUGAAAUAACCGCCUUGCGGAUGAACGAAGCCUAUUUAGUUUCAUCAUCGAAGGACGGAUUUGUUCGUGUGUGGGAUCUGGUAUCAAAACUAACAACGUGUCUUGGACAAUUAGCUCACUUGAGCCCUGUACUUUGUAUGGAGCUCCGUUUUCUCCGAAUACUAACUGGCUGUGCUGAUGGGAGGGUGCGUAUGUGGAACCUACUUACACAAAACUGUCAGCGUGUGUUUCUGGGAAAUAACCGACACGAUCCAAUAUUAAGCCUUUUGGCUUUUGAUAAUAGUUUGCGAAUGCUGAAGGCUUUUAUUAUUUUCAAGUUGAAAAAUGAU